CGCGUCAAGCUCGGAGCAGACAAACUGAUUGGAAACGCUAAUGGCGUCGAAGUUGCUUCCCCUGAGAAGGCUAUGGAGGCUUUCCAAACUCCCACCGCCAUCUUCUUUUUCUUCUUCAAGCUACGGCUCAUAUUCCUCCCUUCUAGUUCUAGAUGCUUCUAGAGAUCUCUGUAUCUCCGACGUCGCCGCUCAGAGACCUUGUUACUCCGUCGCUUCUAGAAGCUUCUGCUCUCGACCUCUGAACCUCGACGAAAGUUCUCAAGGCCCCGCCGCCAUAGACUACCGUUCUCUUCUGCAGGAGGGUGAAUUUCACAGGCUAGCUGAUUCCACAAUACAUGACCUUCAAGAGAAAUUCGAGGAAUAUGGAGAUCUUGUUCAAGUUGAUGGUUUUGACAUAGACUAUGGGAAUGAGGUGUUAACCCUGAAGCUUGGGGAACUGGGAACAUAUGUUUUGAACAAACAAACUCCGAAUAGACAAAUUUGGCUGUCUUCCCCAGUAAGUGGCCCUUACCGAUUCGAUUGGGAUCCCAGUGCUCAAGCUUGGAUUUAUAGGCGGAAUAAAGCAAAUUUAUUGAAACUUUUGGAGAGAGAAAUGAAGCAACUGUGUGGCGAACCCCUGAACCUUUCGUGACCUUUUGCAAAGGCGUGUCUGGUUACAUAAUUACUCGCUGAAAAUAUAUCAAUUUUAAACGGAGUUUUCCCCUCAGUAGAGUAAGAGAAACGGUGUUUGCUUCUCCAUUAUAUACUUGGAAUUUCGUUCUUGUGAUUAUUGCAAUAUUCAAGGGUGUGGAUGUUUGUAGGUAGGUUUGAUGGUCAAUAAAAGUUUUGCGGAAACUAGUUCAGUUUGUUGUUU